AUGUGUUUUUUUUUUCGACUGCAUUUACUGUUCUCCGUCCAUCUUCUGAAAUUACACUUCGUUCCAUUCAUUCUUUUAUUUUGUCUGUUUUCUUCUUACACUUUUCAAAACGUUAUUUUUUUUGCUUUGUUGUUCUUCCGUCUUUCGUUUCAUUCUUUCUCUUUUAUUCCCUUUCCCUUUCUUUCCUUUAAGCACAUUUACUUCUUUUUCUUCGUCUACUCCUUUUCCUUCUUUUUCUACUUCGCCUUUUUUCUUUCCUCUUCAUUCGUUUCAUUUUUACUUCUCUAUUGUCAUUCUACCGCCAGUUCACAUUUCCUUCCAUUCUCACAUGUCCCUUUUCAUUUUUCUUUUUCUUUCUUUCCUUCUUUUUUUCUUUCUUUCUUUCUUUCUGCUAUAUUUUCCUGCCACUCUCUUUUUCAGCCUUCACUAACACAGUCGCUUUCUUUUCAUUUCACUAAUUUCCUUUCUUCUUUGUUUCUUUUCAUAACGCAUUCAUUAAUUCUUUAUUUUUUUUACUAUUUCCUUCUUUCUUCACGUUCUCGCUGUCUUUCUUUCUUUUUUCUUUCUUUCUUUUUUUCAUUUCUUGCUUCUCCUAUUUUACACGUUUUCCCCCAUUUUUCUUUACUUCUUACAUUCUACUCUUUAUUUUUAUGUCUUUCCUCAUCCCUCCCUCCUUUUAUUUCCAUUCCCUUCUUUCUUUCUUUCUUUCUUUCUUUCUUUCUUUCUUCCUUUCUUCCUUUUCUUUCUUUCUUUCUUUCUUUUCGUUUUUUCGUUCUUUUUUUACUAUUUCUUUCUUUCCUUUCCUAUUUUUCACCUCUUUUUCAUUUUUUUCCUUUUUUCUUUACUUCAUCCCUUCCUCGCACUUUUGCUUAUUUUUCUUCUUUCUUAACCUUCCCCACUUCCAUCCUUUUUAUUAUACUUCUCUCUUAG